UACUAACAAAAUACUUAUCUCAGAGGUUCUCUGUGAUCGAAAACUGACCUAGAUGGUCAACAUUUGCCAAUAGCGGUGCUGUUUGUCGUUUGAUAGUCAAUUUGAUUCAAUAACUCUGGCUGGGCAAGACAAUUUCAUCACUAGGUAUAUUAGUUAAACAUUAAAAUCAACCUGCAUCGAGUCUCUCAUUUGAAUAGGACGAGGUCAUCUAAAAUGGAUUAGACAAAUUGACUUCAAGUGUGAGAAUACAGUAACCCGUUAGCUAUGCCAGUGGUCGGACCACAACAAGUAAAAAUAUACAUGAAGGCAUCGAUACUUCAAAAAGUAAUUAAUCUUGGAAAUUAGGCACAGCACGUGAUCGAGCAGAACUCUUCUAAAUAUUUUGGAUAUAAUGUCAAAAGGAGAUUGAAAAAACAAGAAAGCAACAUUAAAAUGAGUUACUGGGGCAGCCACUAUUCUGCUCUCCCAAAAGAAACCGAGGAGGCCAAAGAGCAACUCAAUGACAGCGAUAAGCAGCUGUGCGAUGAGAUGAACUUGAGCAGAGAACAGUUUGAAGAGCUGAAAGAAUGUUUCAAGUUGUGCGAUAAAAGUGGAAAGGGGAAAGUUUCUCCGAUGGAAAUAAAGGCAUUGAUGAAAUCAGUAGGAGAAGAUCCUGAUGACGAGGAUAUACACGAGAUGAUGCUAGAGAUAGACCCUGAUGGCAAAGGAGAGAUUGAUUUUAUGUUGUUCCUAAACUUCAUGCAUAAAACAAUAAAAGCUCCAAUACAAGAUGACAGUGUUGAACAAUGUUUUCGUGUAUUUGACGAUGAAGACAAUGGCUAUAUUACAAUAAGAGGACUGGAGAGAGUUUUUCUGAGUUUUGGCCAGCAACAUUCAUCAGCUGAAUUGCGAGAGAUGAUUUCCUUUAUUGACACAGAUGACGAAGAAGGACUCAUUUCUAUAAAUCACUUUAAGGCAUAUAUAGAGAAACAAGAUCUGUUGCGACGCAAAGAUAAAGAUAGUCCUGAAAACAAAGGAAGAGGCCCAGUGUCAAUGAGAAAAAGUAAAAAGACAAAAUGAAAGGCAUCGCACUUUGCAGUUGUUCGCUCUACAGAAUGUUCCAUGUUCCUUUCACAUCAAAAUAUCAACAAUGGAAUCCCAAAAUUAUCAACACUGAACUGAAGCUGCUGGGAAGCUUUUGGUUUAAACAGGAAUUAGAAUAAUUCAGGACUUGUUAAGUUAGAUCUAUUUAUUGAUCUGCAUUUAGGGCACUCUAUUUUUAGUUCGGUAAGAUAGCGGAGAAGACAAGGACCAGAUAAGCUGGGCCAAGGGUUUUACCCAGUCAUUGCUGGGUAGGCAGUUAAAGCUCUGUCAUUAAUGGAAUUUUUUUUCAACAAUUUGAACUGGAAAUCAACAAAGAGCUGGAUUGUAGCGUACCUAGCAUAUGGCAUAAGAUUUUCCAACAAUAGGCAAUUUCUAGUGUUUAUUAAAAAAUUCAUCGAUACACAUUAUAUCUUUAGGUUAUACUGCUACAGAUAAAGACGGGAUCUAAUUUAGAGACAAAAGUUUCACGUUAGAUUUUCCUUUAUGUUCUGAACAGGUUUUAAAAUCUAUCAAACCUGGGCAUUGCCGAAAAUUUUUGCAUGUCUGUUAUUUGAUCCCUAUGUAAUGCUUCACAAAACGACCAGAAAAACUUGAAUAAGCGGAAACUUUUGAGAUGCAAGUCUUCCUUUUGUUUCAGAAAUCUUCAAGGUCUUUCAGAAAUCACCUUUUAUUUAAAAAUGUUUUUCACUGCAACCUUAUGGUUCAAAAAGAAGAAAAAACGGUACAGGUUCAAAGGGCUAUGUAAACACGUGAACAUAAAGAAGUGGUUAAAGAUUUUGUAAACAACAAAAAUUGGGCAAAAUGUCUCAUAUACAAAUUACAGGCCUCUCUGCAGAACAAUGGCUAUUUCCUCAAGGUCAAGAUAUUCUAGCAAACUUUCAAUUUAAUUAUUUGAAUUCGACCGUGGACUUAUUCUGGUUUCCAGAGCGUCAGUGUCGAGAAAAUAGGGCGUCGAGGAAAUAGGGGGUUGCGCCUCGACGCCCCACUUGCUACACUUGACGCUCUGGAACCCAGGGUAUUGUGGACUAUAUCAAUUAAGAUAACCUUCAAUGUGAACUAUGUUAAUUAGUUUAUUUUAGUGUAAACUAGAUUACUGUGACUAGUUCUUUGUAAAUUAUUACCUUUAAGGGACUUUGUGAAAAAAAUUCGAUUUAAGAACUAAUAAAAUUUCAAAUGAAUUAAAAAUAAUCAUCUGAUCAAUAUGUAAAUGAGCUACGUAUAGCAAAACAUCAUUAAUGUGCAGCCAAUGCUUUUCUUAUCAGUAAUGAAAUCGACGAAACAAACAAUCACCUUGAGGACAUUGCAAAAUCCAUGUAAUGGACUGUUUAAUAUUCCCAUGAUGCACAAGUGAAUGUAUUAACAAAUCAGAAACAAAUGUUAUUAAUUGUAGUCAAUAUUCAGUUCUUAUUCUGUAAUAUAUGUUUAUACAUCGUUUCAUUCUUUGUUAUAGAAACAUCUGCAAAAAUGUAUUUCAGCAUCUUUUCUAUACCGGAUCUUGUCAGAAUUCGAGUCCAAUACAUGGGCACCGAGACCUCGGGAAUAAGGGACACAUGUCCUCAAUUUCUUUUGAAUUUUCCCCUUCGGUUAGAUGUACCUCUUGAAAAUGUUCGUUGUUGUUUAUUCUCGGAGCAUUGCGUUGCUUACUGCUUAAAUCUAUUUUGAAAGUGCCCCUUUUCUGAGACAGUGUGCCUCUUUCCCUGUGCCACUGACACUUUGAAAUCCUUUCCAUAUUCCCUGUUCAGAGACACUUUCGUCACCAUUGGUCUUUUUA